AUUAUGGGUAUGUGAGUAUUUUUGCUCUGCUGACGAACCACUGCCAGCUGUCAAAGAAUAAUAGCAAGAAGUCUUCUUUCUGGUGUUAUUUGACCCACUGGCUGGCUUCCGGCAGGCACUAUGGGUCGCAGCUAUAUAGUAGAAGAUGCUGUGGAGGGAUACCUGUCUAAACUAUGUGAACAACAACAACAAGCAGGUUCAGUCACAGGCCUGCUGAUCGGACAGAGCUCAGCUCAAAGGGAUUUUGUUGUCACGGCAACUCGGACGCCCCAAACAGACGAGUCUAGUGGAACAGCAGACAAGGAGUGGGUCACUGAGCACGCUCGACAGGUGUCCCGCAUGCUGCCUGGAGGAUUGUCUGUCCUGGGAGUCUUCAUCAUCACUGAUACUGACUCUAAGGACACACUGACCACGCUCCGACAGCUGGUUUUUGCAGUGGAGAACCUGAUCUCGUUGGACCGUCAGUGGAGUCCUGCUGACGACGACGUCACAGACUGUGUCACGCUGCACGUCAACCCCAAAACCAGAAAAACCUUCUGCAGAACCUUUGAUGUCAAAGAUCCCAAGAGCACGGCCAAGCCUGCAGACUGGAAGUACCAGUCGGGGAUGAGUUCCUCCUGGAGCAUGGUGUCCUGCUGUUUAAAUGUGGACAUGUUGGUACCGUUACCAGACAACAGAGCCGGGACAGAAAGCAUGGAUCAAUGUCUAAAGGAGGAACUGAGAGUGUGGGCUCAGCAGCUGGAGAAAGGAGUUUUCCUGAUCGACGGGAAAAAGAUGUCAGAGGACGCAGAGCUCACAGGAGGACAGAAGAGGAAUGUGAGACAGACGUACACCGCUCAGCUUCUCCUCACACCGCAUCAUAAGAGGUCAACAGAUGUGGUCCAGAGGUGUGGAGGCAGCGUGUCGCUCCGAGGAGCCAUCCACAGCAGAGCUUACCUACACAGCAACAAACCAAAGGCCAGACUGGCCGAGAAGCUGCUGAAGAGGGACAUGGUGUCUACGGUGGCCACGAGGAUCCAGAUGCUGCUGGAGGAGCUGCAGGCAGCAGAGGAGGAGGGCAAGGGCAAACAACACACAGAGCUGUGUCUCCCUCAUCGUGUCUUCUGUCCAGUCAGAGUGAGUGGACCAGUAUGUGUGUGUGACUACCUGUUCAGUGACGAAGCGCUGUCCGAGGUGACUGACAGGCUGAAGGAGAUGCUGGACAUCGACGCAGUAGAAGCAGACUUGGACACCAGACAGGAAACGCCUGCUGAGAUCAUAGAGGGAGAUGUUGCAGCAGAGCCCAUUGUGGAAACUGCUAAAGUACCGGAGCCCAAAAGGAACAACUAUAUUGGUGUUGCCAUGGCAACGGCUGCCGCCCUGCUCGCCACCGCUGCCUCGAUGCUCUAUCUCAAUGACGUUUGAUACACACAUAUGCACACACCAUAAUAAAGUGUUUGUUUAUAACAUUUCCA